AAGACAACUGCCAAACAACCAACAGUUCUCAAUGCACUGAAACUUGAUCCAGCCCAAUGCUAUUUACGCAGCUGUUCCUGUUCUGACCAGAGUGCAACCUAUUGCCUCGUGCACGUGUCGAGACCAAAAUGCCGUGUUCUCUGCUAUGCAUAGCAGUAAUUUUUUUAGGCAUAGCGCUUUGGAUUUACAACUGGAGGAACCCAAGGUGCAAUGGGAAGCUCCCACCAGGUUCCAUGGGUUUACCAAUUGUCGGAGAGUCAUUUCAGUUCUUUUCUCCCUACACCACAUCCGAUGUUUCCCCUUUCAUCAAAAAGAGAAUGGACAGGUAUGGUUCGUUGUUUCGAACUAGCCUUGUUGGUCGGAAGAUUGUUGUUUCCACUGAUCCUGAAGUCAACCGCUUCAUUUUCCAACAAGAAGGGAGAUUGGUUCAAACCUGGUACAUGGACAGCUUUGACGACAUCGUUGGGAAGGAUAAUAUUCUCUCCAGUCACGGGUUUCUGCACAAGUACCUGAGAAAUUUGAUUUUGAACCUUUUUGGCUCUAAAAGCCUGAAAGAAAGACUUCUUUCUGAAACAGAGGAAUUAACCGUCAAAAAUCUGCAGUUGUGGUCUUGCGAGCCUGGAGUGGAACUGAAACAAGCCAUGGCAACCAUGAUAUAUAAUUUUACUGUGAAGAAGCUAUUUAGUUGCAAUGAUCCAAGGUCCGCCAAGAAGCUAAGAGCAUGCUAUUCAGCUUUCCUGGAUGGUUUGAUAUCCUUUCCUCUAAACAUCCCUGGAACGGCUUACUGGAAAUGUUUACAGGGACGUAACAAAGCAAUGAAGGUUAUAAAGAGUAUGUUGGAGGAGAGGCGUGCAUCACCAAAGAGACAACAGAAAGAUUUUCUUGAUAUCGUAGUGGAAGAAAUGAAGAAAGCUGAAACUAUCCUAUCAGAACAGACGGCUUUAGAUUUACUGUUUGCUCUUCCUUUUGCUGCUUUUGAAUCUGCAUCCUCCGCUGUUGUAUUAGCUCUUCAGUAUCUUCGCAACAACCCACUAGCGCUAGCAGAAUUAACCCAAGAACAUGAAGCAAUCUUAACUGAAAGGGAAACGAAGGAUUCUGGAAUCACUUGGAAAGAAUAUAAAUCAAUGACUUUUACACAUAUGGUUAUCAAUGAAACUAUCAGGCUGGGAAAUAUUGUCCCAGCAAUUUUCAGGAAAGUGGUCAAAGACGUAGAAGUAAAAGGUUAUACAAUUCCUGCAGGUUGGAUUAUUUUGGCUUGUACACCUGCUGUUCAUUUGAACUCUGAAAUAUAUGAGGAUCCCCUUUCCUUCAAUCCAUGGCGAUGGAAGGGGCGAGAACUGAAUGCGGGUUCUAAAUUUUUUAUGGGUUUUGGGAGUGGCGUGAGACUUUGUGCUGGAGCAGAAUUCGUGAAGCUGCAAAUGUCUAUUUUCCUUCAUCAUUUGGUCACAAAGUACAGGUGGACAGUGAUCAAGGAAGGAGAUGCUGCUAGACAGCCCGGCCUGGUGUUUCCAGAGGGUUUCCACGUUCAAAUCUCCAAGAAAAAUUCCUGCCAGAAUGUUGCAGAACUGUGAGAGCAGCACCUGGGAAAAGCCCAAUAUGUAACUAAGCCAGCCUCUGGGAAAGAACAGUAAAUAAGGCAGCUUACACAGCUCAGGGCCUGUGGCUGUAACCAAUGCAUGAAUAAAUUGUUAAAUAAAGGGCUCAAAGCCCCACAGCCAUUUCUAAGUCCCUCGGUUCCGUGUGUUAUGGAAAUCCAUUGUUUUCUUCCUUUUAAAUAAAAAGUUUCAUUGCGACCAAUCACGAGUUCAUGUUCCUCGUGAAGAGU